CUUAAUGUUGUGCAGAUUUUGUACCUGCACGUCACAAUUCAAAAGAGCCAAACAAGAGUUAGCACUCCUAGUCCUAGAUGCCUUGAGUCGCACAAACCUAAGAUAUAUAUCUCAACAUGUGGUUGGAUGAACGCGCCAUUUGAAGACCUCCAUCCCCAGAAUCAGUGAUCCUACCCUCUAUAGCAGUGAUUUUUUAUUCCUCUCCUUUCACCUUGUGAGAUCCGAUAUUCUAAUCUUGCGACGGUGAUUGUUGCAGAUUCUGCGCCUGGAAAAGGACGUCCUCAUAGGAAAAGGACAUCCUCAGAUACAUCUUUCUUAAAAGCUAUAAUGCGCUUAGAUCUGAGGUUCCUCACAAUCGAACCUUGAUGCGCAAGAGUUGAUUCUAUACUGAUCGAAGGCGUCUCAAUAUCUCCAACUGACAUCAGAACCGACUCACUACCUGAAGUAUUAGCUAACACGUCAACAUUGGACAUGCUCCGUACGAAAGCUUGAGAGUCACAAGUCAUAGGUCCUCAGGAUACCCGCUAAUGCCGCCGAUCUCAAUGGGUAAGUAGUAAUUUUGGAGAAGAGAGAAGGCAGGGAUAACCUCUUUUUUUUUUUUUUUUGUUGUGAAGGCAUUUGAUAAAUAAGCUGCUUUGCUUGUAAUAAUGGGCAACCCGACUCAAAAGAUCCACAAAACAAGCAUAAUGUUCAUGCCUUGGUUCCACUAAGUACAUUGCAGUCAUACGGUUGAAAUACUUUAAGCCAAUAUCAACAAGACCACAAUGGCUGCAUCCGCAAAACAAGCCAGUAAAUGAGAUUUUAUCAGGUCCAUACUUCCUCCGUCCUUCGCAAGCUGUGUUCCUCCAUACUCCUGUUGAUAUUCGGAAUUAGGGUUUCAGAGGCCCAAUUGUGGAUUCGGAGAGAAUUGAACAACCGGGAAAGAACAUACUGUCGAAGUUCCCUUACAACCAUGGCCAAAUCUCUUACUUGAACCUUCAAAGUCCAACAGCUAAAGCACUAAUGCUUCAUCCACUUCCUCAAAGGAAUACCCAACAACAAACUCCAACUUCAACUUUUCCUUCCACAAAAUUCCACAAACCCCGUUGAAUAACCAAUGCACCUUCGAACACAACUAUAAAAACAUCUCAAACCUUCUUCUCUCUCUAACCCGAUCAAGAACUCUCCCUAAGGGCCUUCAACUCCAUGCCCACAUCAUCAAAACAGGAUUCCAAGCAAUCCCACUUCUCACUACCUCAUCAACUUCUCUUUCUGAAAACCCAACUCCCACUUGAUUCCCGCCGAGUUUUCGAAGAGAUCCAAGUGAAGUCUUUCACUACUUGGAGCUGUCAUUUCUUGUUUUGCUAAAAAUGAGCUUCCUUUGUUAUCUAUUGAAUUCUUUCUCCGAAUGCUUGAUUGAGGUUUUCGGCCCAAUGACCAUAUAUUUUCCUAGCGCCAUGAAAGCUUGUGGGAUGCUUUUGUGGUGUGAGUUUGGGAUAUCAGUUCAUUGUCUUGCUUUGAAGAUCAGGUUUGAUGGCGAUGUGUUUGUGGGGAGUUCUGUAGUUGAUAUGUAUGCGAAAUGUGGGGAGAUAAGAGAUGCACGAAAAGUGUUUGACGGUAUGCUGGUGAGAAAUGUGGUUUCUUGGAGUGGAUUGAUAUGUGGGUACACGCAAUUGGGUGAAGAUGAUGAGGCAUUGAGGCUUUUUAAGCAGGCAUUGUGGGAGGAUUUGGAUGUUAACGAUUUUACUUUUUCGAAUGUGAUAACGGGUUUGUGGCAAUUCUACCCUUCUUGAAUUGUGAAAGCAAAUUAAAUACACUGUUUGUGCUUAAAAAUGGGGUAUGAUUCAUCGAGCUUUGUGGGUAGUUAUCUGGUUUCUUUGUACUCAAAGUGUGGGGUCAUCGAAGGAGCUUAUCAGGUUUUUGAAGAUAUACCCGAUAGGAAU